UACUACUCCCAGCAUGCAUAGCGAAAGGCCGGCCGCCUCUCCAGUAUUUUUGUCCUCGCCAAAGGAACAGACUGACCAAUUAGGAGAAGCCCAGAGGCGCGCGUGAUAGGCCAGUCCACCAAUGGGAAGCGGGCGAAGGGGCGUGGCCGGGAGAUUUGAACUGGCGAGUCGAAGGAGGCAGAACUGCGUGCAGGAUCUCGAGCCCUGAAGCCAUGGCGCACGUCCCGCCCGCCGGAGAGGGCAGCGUGGCGGUAGUGGUGCGGGUGCGGCCGCAGACCCCCCGCGAGCGGGAGGGGAACCGCCAAAGCGUGGUGCGGGUGGUCGGAGACUCUAUGUUGGUGUUUGAUCCCGAGGAACCCAGCCCGCCGGGGGUCUUUGCCCAAGCUCAGGACCCUCCGUCGAAAAGGAAAGGAAAGAACCUGACGUUCGCUUUUGACCGGGUGUUUGGCGAGAGCGCUACCCAAGCAGAGGUGUUUGAGAAUACGACCAAAGAGAUCCUGGACGGUGUUCUGAAUGGCUACAACUGUUCAGUGUUUGCCUACGGUGCGACGGGUGCAGGGAAGACCCACACCAUGCUGGGAUCGGAGAAGGAACCGGGCAUCAUGUACUUCACCAUGGAAGAGCUAUACAAGCAAAUAGAGGCCAGGAAGGGGGAGAAGCACUGCGAGGUCCUUGUCUCCUACCAGGAGGUGUACAACGAGCAGAUCCAUGACCUGUUGGAACCGAAGGGCCCGCUGGCCAUUCAGGAGGACCCAGAGAAAGGGGUCGUGGUACAGGGGCUGUCGUAUCACCAGCCAAAAUCGGCAGGCCAACUCCUGGAGAUGCUGAGGCGAGGAAAUCUGAACCGUACACAGCACCCCACAGACAUUAACGCCACCUCUUCGCGCUCCCAUGCAGUCUUCCAGAUCCAUGUGAAGCAACGGGAUCGCAUUGUGGGCAUCACCCGGGACCUUCGGGUGGCCAAGAUGAGUCUGAUCGACUUGGCGGGCUCAGAGCGGGCCUCUGCCACCAAGGCCAAAGGGGAGCGGCGCCGCGAGGGGGCCAACAUCAACCGCUCCUUGCUGGCUCUCAUCAACGUCAUUAACAGCCUGGCGGAUGCCAAGGGCAAAAAGCCUCACAUUCCAUACCGGGACAGCAAGCUUACCCGCCUCCUAAAGGAUUCUAUCGGUGGGAACUGCCGGACCAUAAUGAUAGCCGCCGUUAGUCCCUCUGCGCUUUCCUACGAGGACACCUACAACACCCUAAAGUAUGCCAACCGAGCUAAAGAGAUCAAACUCCUAAUGAAAAGCAACGUGGUCAGUGUGGAUUGCCAUAUCAGCCAAUAUGCAGCAGUUUGUGAGCAGCUGAAAGCAGAGGUGGCCGAAUUAAGAGGGCGGCUCCGAGCUUAUGAGGAAAAUGUCCCAGAGGUUAGACCCCACCUUGCACCGGCUGUUCUGACUCCUUCCAGACCUGGCCAGGAUGAGCUUCUCAGGUCAAAGGAGGCUUGUUCCGACUGCGAAGCCCCGGAGAAGGGCAAUGGCGAGGCAGAGCUGUUGAAACCGAAUGAUGGUGCCUCUUCUUCAGGAAAAAGCACGGCAGAGCAGAUUCAGGAACUGGGGGGUAACCCCAGCUUCUGUGGCACAGAGUCCUCAGAUCCAACUGAGAAACAGGAGAAGCUGAAUGCUCGGUUGCAAGGAAUGGAUAAAAAGCAGCUGAUGAGGCUGGUAACGUCAAUCUUGCACGUGGCACAAAGGCAGUAUGCCCUUCUGAAAGCUGCCAACCUCCUCACCCCGGACACGAGGCUCGACUUUGAAGGCCUGGGCAGCUUGGUGUUGGGAGAGGCCUGUGAGGCCCCAGAAGUUUCCGCUGUAAAGGAGCAAGUUGGGGAACUGGAUGCGGCUACUCGAGGCAGCCUGGAGCCAGAAGUGCAGCAGCUCGUGGAUAAUGCUGCCCUCCCGCCUUCCCUUCCUGCAGCCGAGUGUGCCAAUCCAACGGGCGGUCCUGGGGUCUUGCCCGCUUCACCAGCGAGGGCCCCAGUGCCAAGCGCAGCUUUCAAGACCCCCCACCUCCCAACAAAGAAGCGAAGGAAGUCAGCAGAGAGCCCACCGCUGUCCGAAAGGAGCUCCCCUUCCACCCCCAAGGGGCGGGCCAAGCGUCGGCGGAAGAAUCCCCUCUCCCCACAGCAAGUGGGCUCCCUGAAGGAAUGGGCUGCUUUCCCCCAGGCUGACUGCACCAGCACUCCUCUCGUGGAUAAAGCCAGGUCUUCUAGUCCGUACAGUCUCCGCCCGCUGCCGUGCUGCCCUUUGACAGUUACGAAGACCCGUAGGCCUCUGGGCACCUCAGCCGCCCAGAAUUGUUCAACGCCAGCUCCGCCGAGGGGCCUGAACACCACCUUUGACCUCUGCGAGGUUCCCUGCCCUCCUGACGUGAAACCCAGCGCUCCUGGAUGCCCUGCCUGGGAGAGCGUCCAGCACCUCUCUAACCACCAGGGGGCACCUUUCAUACCCAGUUCCAGGGCGUCCAUGCCAGUGUUCACCAUGAAGGGCUCCUCCAUUCCGCGAUCGUCCUCCUUGGCCUCCAAAGCCUCAACGCAGAAGAGGAGGCACACCACAAACCCCGCCUCCUACUCGCUGGGUGCACCACGCAGCCGCAUUGCCAGGCUCCAGGGCACGUCACUCAAGUCUUCGCGGGUCACGAGCACGCCAGGACAACCCUCUGGCAAUCCUGCAUGGAAAUGGCGCUAGGAAGAUUCCGUCGCUCCUGAAGGAUUGUACCCCAUCUUCAGUUGUGUCGUAUUCUAUAAAGAUGCCUUCCUGAAAAUCCUCAUUGCUCACUCUUUGGUCCCUCAGCAUCUGUUGAUGGCAUAUUAUUCGGUAUAUUAUCCUGUGUAUUUAACAUAAUAUAUAUAUUAAAAAUAUAUAUAAAAAAACAAAAGCAGGAAAAGAUAGAUAUAUAGAUAUUCCUGCUUUUUUAUAUAGAUUAGGGGUGGUUUUUUUAAAAAAAGAAACUUACCAUAAAAAGCUUUAAUAAAAUGUAUGAUAUAUAUAUAGAGAGAGAUGUAGAACAAUGAAAUAUAAAUUUAUUUUUUAACAUCAUAUCAAAUAUUACUUAUGUCCUAUUCUGGUUCGUCAGUUCUCACUUGUUUGUAAUUCCAUAAAUUCACAAAAUUCCAAAUGAAUGAAUUAUACAUUUGCCCAUUACCCUACACUUUAUUCUUCCAAAACGUCAUAAAGUUUGGCCAAUGAAAUGUUUAUUUUCCUGUUCCCCCACACACUAGCAAUAUUUGUAAAUUUUAAAGCACAUCCCAUAUCCUCAUCACCCAAUCCCUUAAGGAAGGUGGUUCCCCCCUCCCUUUUCUUUUGUGACUAAUUGUCAUCUCUGUAUCGACAUAGAAAACCCAUGAUUUCGCAUUACCAAAUAAAAUAACUACCAAGUCAAAUGGUAAUUUCUCCUCAUCACAUGUACUUUCUUUUGAAUAGCAGGUGAUUUUUUUCUUGUGCUUUCUGACCCUGUCUCCUGUAUAAAGAUGCCUUGUCACAAGGGCAAACAAAGAUAACCUCAACAAAUAUAGUAACACGGAAGUGGACAUUUCUCACUGGCUGCUCCAGUGUUGGAGAGCAUUCUCCUUGCUGAAAUAAGAAUAGGCCCCAUCAGUAUUGGCAUAUCGCCGGCUUGUGAAGACGCUCCUGUUAAGACAAUCCUUUCCCUGACUUGAAGCUCCUGCUCUAAUUACUUGUAAUUGCCGUUUUUACCCUUUUAUUUGUUGUACUGUUUUUAUGGGCUCCUUUUAUUGUUGCAUUUCAAUUGGGGGUAAAAUAAACACAUUAACUGAAAACAAU